GGAAUUGUCGACCCCGCGGCGACGAGCCUCGGUGUGCGGUUUCCCGCAGGCGGUGUUUAUUUGAGGGGGGUGUGCGGGGUGUUGUGUUCCGGUGAUAUAAUCGUUGGUCUCACAUCCUGAGUUUGAAGUUCAACAUACCAGAAAUGGCCUCUGUUAACGUUUGUAGAUGCCCUGGAGGCAUUUCCGCUCAACGCGAGCCUAUAUUGAAUGUCAAGCAAGAACAUUGUGGCGAUAUUCGAAUUACCGACUCAUGUCGUCCAGCACCCGUUCCGAACCCGUGCAAAUCUAUCGAGAAGCCUCAGACAUUUGGUCUGAACUUAAAUCUUCAGUCAAUGACGGGCCAAGAUUACUCAUCGUCAACCGGUUGCCAACUUGUGCGAUCUGCCAAUAUCAUAGAAUGGGACCAGAUGAACGACCGAAAAGUUUUUGGAGCCAGAUCGGACAAGGAAAACUCAGAAAUGCUGCGGGAGCUGAGCAAGCGGCAGCAGGACGAGUGCCUGACCACGUGCCGGCACCGGGCCGCCGACACCACCAAGAAGCUCGGUGAGCGUCUGCGUGACACCAACUACUGGAAGUUCGAGCUCGAGAGGCUGCUGGAGGACAUGCGGAAUGAAAUUGACCUGCUGAUCGCCCAGAAGAACCGCCUGCGAAACUCCUUGAACGCCUCGCAGAUCCCGUACAUGAUCGUGACGGACAGCCUGGACACGAGGCGGCGCCGCAUCGACGGCGACCUCGUCACCGAUCAGCUGGACGUGGCCCUGAUGAAGGAGAUGGACGUCAUCAAGCGGGCCCGCGACCUCAUGGAGGACACGAGCGUGACGGCUGACCGGGUGCUGGCCGGGGACCGGCGCGCCAAGGACGCCCUGGAGCACGACUGGAGCGACAAGUACGAGGCGUCGCGCAUUGACAGCGCCGCCGGCGAGCUGACGCCCAACUCCACCAACAUCAAGCCGUACCCGGGCGUGCGCGCCUUCCACCCGGGGUGGCGGCUGAGCGUAACCGCCUAUGGCUGUCACAUCCUGAAGCCACGGCUGGUCACCUACACGCGGCUCUCGCAGCUGGAGACGGCCUGGCGCAACCACUCGCUGGUCAGCGCGUGCCAGGAGGAGUUGAGCCAGUGUCACCGGUCGGCGGAGCGGUACCAGCUGUCGGAGGCGGCGCAUCUCUGGCUGUACAGCGACCUGCCGGGCACGGCCUGCGCCGGCCGCGACCUGGUGCUGGAUCAGCUGAGCCGCGCCAUCAGCGCCGCCAACCGGUGUCCGCCGCUGUGGGACCUAUCGGAGGAGUUCUCCCAGCUGUCGCAGAGCGUCGAGCAGCGACUGCGCUGGGCUGCCGGCGCCAACGCUGAAGUGACCCAGGCUGAGGGGCCGCGCGCCGAGCCGGCCGCCGAGGACUCCCGCUUCAUCCAGCUGCUGGGGGAGGUGCAAGAGGCGGCCCGGCUUUCCGCCGAGCUCGGCCAGACGGUGACGCCAGUGGAGCAGGCGCUGGCUCUGGCCGUGGCGCCGACCGACCGUAUGUCGCCCGCCUGGAUCACCAAGGCCGCCGCCACACUCCAGGAGCUGCAGCAGACCACCCAAGAGGAGAUUUCAGAGCGCCAGUCUGAGCUGUUCGUCUGCUGGGACGACAUCCGGUCGCACGGCAUCAGAGUGCGUGACCUGCUGACCUCGCACCACAAGCUCAUCUCCGACGUCCGCCUCCUUCUCAAGGCCAUCGCCAAGAGCCCGCUCGUGGGGCUGGCCUCGCUGCUCGACCAGCUGUCCCUCUGUAUCCAGCUGUCUGUUGUCAGCUGA